AUGUCCAUCACAGACGGAAAGGGCACCACCUACGUCCCCGUCAAGGACUCCGGUAACCGUCCAUGCUUUCUCACGCAGAAACAGCUGCUGGCAUGCGGCCAACUCUGCUCUGACUGUUAUUGGCUGCAGAAGGGCUCGCAGCCGGACAAAAUGGUCGCAGCUGUUAAGAAACACGUGUGGAUUCUCUACCAGAACAGAAUUGUCGCGUACUCCACCACCUCGCUCGUGUUUCCGUACCUGCUGGUGAACUACUCGUCCAGCAUCUUCUACAACUUACUUUACAUUGACAUCGAAAAGUCGACGCUGUCGUAUAAGAUGCCGAAGUUCGGGCCGAUCUACUCGGCACUACUUGUGAGAACUUUUGGCAGACGCUAUGCCAUGCUAUUUGUAAGCAUGGCCACCAUGGCGAUCAUGUUUGGGUAUAGAACCGUGCGCACGCCGGCCUGCGAUGCUGGCUUUUCCCCUGCUACAAUUUCUUCAUGAACGUCUACUAUGGCUGCCUCUACGCAUAUGCGGGAGAACUCUUCAUAGCACAGGCUCGUGGCCCAAAAACAGGGCUGGCUUCUGUUUUGGGCGCAAUUCGUGGAGCCCUGUUCUCAGUGGUGGCAUACUUUUUCGUUGCGAGCUCUGGCUCGCAGGCGCACUCUGUGGUGUGUUUAGUAUUCCGGCAGCACUGCAAUUGAGCCCUCUGGCAAGG